AUGGACUCGACUCGUGUCUUGUACGAGCCUAUUGAAGAUGUGGAAAGAAUGGAAUAUUACCAGGCUGGGGGCUAUCACCCAGUAACAAUCGGGGAUCGUCUCAACGAUCGCUAUCGGGUCAUCCAUAAGCUUGGUCAUGGUACAUACUCGACGAUUUGGCUGGCCCGAGAUGAGAGAUCACACAUAUACGUUGCAGUGAAAGUCUGUACGGCAGAUUCGAAACCACCCGAAAUUGACGUCCUAUCCAAACUGUCGAAACCUCACUUGUCAUCAGACAUAGGCAGAGCUAUGAUUCCCUCAAUCUUGGACAGCUUCAGCAUUCAAGGCCCAAAUGGCGACCACGUCUGUUUGGUGACUAGGCCGGCAAGGAUGAGCCUUUCUGAUGCAAAGAACGGAUCAUGGAUCAGCCUUUUCCAGCUUGAAGUGGCCCGAGUCUUAGCGGCGCAGCUUGUGAUUGCUGUUCAUUAUAUGCAUUCACGAGGCUUCGUCCAUGGUGAUCUUCAUCGCGGAAAUAUCCUCCUUCAACUGCCCCGUGAAUUUGAUCAGUUAUCAACAGAAAAGCUGUACGAGCAGUACGGGGAGCCGGUACUCGAGCCAGUCAAGCGUUUCGAUGGCCAAAAGCUUCCACCAGGCGUCCCAAAAUAUGGUAUAUUACCUAUCUGGCUUGGGAAACCAAGUGAAAAUAUUACACUUCCCGAAGCUAGGAUUAUUCUUUCAGACUUUGGUGAAGCAUUCUCACCAGCGCGAGAAAUGAAAUACGAGUCUCAUACACCUCUUCUGACCCGCCCUCCAGAGGCUCGAUUUGAGCCAACCAAAUCUCUUACUUUCUCAUCCGAUAUCUGGACUCUAGCUUGCACCAUCUGGGACAUCAUUUCCCAAAGAUCUCUUUUCGAAGGCUUUCUUACCAACGAUGACGAUAUGACUUGCCAGCAGAUUGAUGCACUUGGCCUGUUGCCAACUGAAUGGUGGGGAAAGUGGAAUGCCCGUCGAGACGGAUUCCCGAAGCAUGGAGAGCCGAUAAAUUUAUCCCGAUCUCCAUGUCAAACAUUGGAGGGUCGUUUUGAAUCGAACGUGCAGCGACCACGGAUAGAAGAGGGAAUGCCACCCUUUGAAUCAAGCGAACGAGAUUCACUUUACUCAAUGUUGCGCUCGAUGCUUUCCUUUAGGCCAGAGAAUCGUCCUUCUGCUCAACAGGUUCUUGAGUCUGAGUGGAUGGUGAAAUGGGCUCUGCCUGAGUACGAAAAGAUACGCAGCACUUAUGACUAG